AUGCCGUCGCUACUUGAUCUUCCCUUGGAACUUCUGGGGCUAAUCGUAAAAGAAACGAUCCCGGUGGAUUUUGAAGCAACAGCCCUGUCUUGUAAAGAUUUGUUUGCAGCAAGCACCCCUUUCCGAGCGGAAUAUGCUACCCGAAGGAAACGGUUUAGAAACUUUACAUUUUCGCAGAAAGUUGAAAAAAGUCUAGAAGGGGCAAAGGAAUCCGACUCAGGCGAAUCUUGGGAUGAAAUUACCCAAGAAACAGGCAUCCGAAUCACAACCACGCGAGGGCUAUUGGAACAGAUCGCCCUGGAUCACUCUUUGGCACAAUACAUACAAUCUGUCAAUCUCAGGGAUCAUGAGGACGAAGAUGAAGAUGAAGAUGAAGAGGAAGAGGUAUCAGGCCCUUUGGAGGCCGAGGUGCCGGAGACUCUAAAGAACUUGGUGCUUAGGUCGCCCUUCAUUGAAGCCUUCAAAGGGGAUCCCGAUGAUUGGAUUAGAGGAAUUCAACGGUCCACGGUAUAUGCAGAUGUUUUUCUCCUGACAUUGCUAUCUCAAGUGCGAAAGGUGGCUUUACACCCACGUUGGGAUGAACUAUAUCCCUUUGAUAAAAGGAAUUUGGCCAAUAAACAUCUUUGGCCGGUACUCGAGCUGAUUAUGCACCGUGCAAAUCACGUCGAGGAAUUUCCUGAUGCGCCGUUGUCAAAGCUCUCCAUAGUGAAGCCAUCUCGUGACAACGGCUAUGAAGAAAAAUCCUCAUUGACUCCAUUUAUACCAUUCAUGGCGAUCAAUUCCGUGUCAGAAGUCUCCCUGACCAGCUGCCUCUUUAUUGAUGAUGGUUACACUGGAAUUCCCUUUGACCCAUUGGUUGAAUGCUAUAGCACAAACUUGCGGAAAUUAAGCUUAGACAUGAGUGUCGCCGGUCCGGAGGAGGUAUCACAGCUACUCUCGCGAAUUCCAAACCUAGAGAUCUUUGAGUUCUCUCAUGAAACAAAGUGGCAUGGCUGCGGCCAUAACUGGAACAUUGGUGCAUUUUUGGAUAUUGUGCAGAAUAUCUGUGCGGAGAAUCUGAAGACAUUGUCGGUGACAAUAUUCACUUGCUGGGGCAAUAAAGGAGCCACACUGGUGGAUAUGACUCGUUUUCGGAAAUUGGCUGUGCUUGAAUUGGACAUCGACACAUUGUGCAAUCCCCCAUAUGAUCCAUCGACGGGAUACAUCGACUGGGAUGAAUGCGAGUCAGUUCCCGGCAGUCCAGCCUGGCCGAAACUAACUGAAAUGUUGCCAGCGUCCAUUGAAACGCUCAACUUGUAUCUAAAUACAUUCAGUGAUGAUCAUCUGAAGUGCAUCACUCAUCUGAUCGACGGUCUUUCAGAUGGUCGGGCCACAAAGCUGCCCCAUUUAGACAAGUUGAGCCUUUUUGUAUGUAUGGAUUCGGACCCGACGAUUCCGGACGUGGCACUUGGGGCUUUAAAUGCUGCGAAGAUGAGUGGCUUUUCAAUUUUGGAACUCGGCAAAUCGAUUCCUCUUAUUUAA